AGGUUCGGAUCUAAGUCAGACGAACAGAACUGAAACGUUAAAUCAAGUGGAUGUGUGACAGUUGGGAACAUUCGUGGAUUAACGUUGUGUGUGUUUAACUUGUGGUAGUACAGAACUUUUGUUCAACUUUUUUAUGGAUUAGGUCUUUAUCCAUUUGGAUUUCAUGGAUUAAAUACUGAAAUAUUCUGGAUUAAAAAUUCGUUUGGAUUAAAACAAUUGUUUUGUGCCCUGUCGAGAACGAUUGGAUUAUUUGUGUGUGUAGUGCUAUUUGCAAAACUUUUGGAUUAUAUAGCAAACACUUACAGCUAACCGGUUUAUCUCUCUCUCUCUUCGGAUUAUCAUCUCAAUCCACCAAUGAGAGCCGAGCAUGAAGCAUGACGAGGUCAUCUCCUUGGAUACGACCUCUCGGGAGGGGGAGAAAUGGCUUUAUCUUACUUUGGAUCUUACUAGCUGUGUGCUGCCUAGCUGAGGAAGAGAAUCCGAGGAUCGUUGAGCACCCAACUGACCACUACGUUGCCAGGAACGAGCCGGCCAAGCUCCUGUGUAAGGCCGAGGGUGACCCGACACCUGAGAUCACGUGGUACAGAAAUGGACAGAAAGUGACCACCAAUAAAGAUGACCCUUCGGCACACAGACUUCUGCUCGACAAUGGAAACCAACUCUUCUUUCUGCGGAUCAUUCAUUCCAAGACCCUCAAACCGGAUGUCGGUACCUACUACUGCAACGCCACCAACAUUCACGGCAGUGCCAUCAGCCGCAACGCCACCCUUCAGAUUGCCGUGCUGAGGGAGGACUUUCGGGAAAGCCCGCAACCCGUGACGGUGGCGGCGGGCGAGACGGCGGUGUUCAGGUGCGUCCCGCCCCGGGGGGAGCCCGAGCCCAAGGUCAUGUGGCACAAGGACAACGCCCUGCUGAGCCAGGACAGCCGGGUGAUGACCAGCCAGGAGGGCAGCCUGACCAUCACGUCGGUCAAGGUCAGCGACGCCGGCAAGUACACGUGCAUCGCCAUCAACCCCGGGGGUGAGAAGGAGAGCGGCCCGGCCCUGCUGACAGUGCUGGAGAAACCCACAUUCCGCGAGAUGCCGGACGACAUGCAGGCAAAUGUCAACGACACGGUCGAGCUCAAAUGCCGGUCGUCUGGGGACCCGGCCCCAACCAUCGUGUGGAAGCGAGAACAGGGCCGUAUCCCCCACGGGAGGGCGAGGACGCUGGAGGACGGUACGCUGAGGAUCGAGAAGGUGCAAGUCGCUGACGACGGCGUCUACGUGUGCGUGGCUGAGAACACCGCCGGCACCGUGGAGGCGGUCGGGAGAUUGUCAGUACAAACCCAUCCAUCGUUUCUGAUAUCACCGAAAGAUUUGAAAGUGGGCCGGGGUAGGACCGCCAUAAUGCAGUGUGUGGUGACGGGCAACCCACCGCCCACUGUCUUCUGGAGCAAGGGCAAAGACCCGCAACUCUUUUUCCCGAACCAAGGUCACGGUCACCUGUCGGUAACAGACGAUGGCACCCUGAGGAUAGAGAGCGUGGACUUCCGUGACGAGGGGGUGUACCAGUGCCAGGCACUCAAUGCCCUGGCCAACUCUAAAGUCUCAGCGACCUUGACUGUCAUAGACCAAGACAUUCGCCUGCCCCCAGUUAUUGUAGUUGGCCCCAAGAACCAAACCCUGGAGGCCAAGGACGUGGCCAUGUUGUCGUGUCAAGGUGAAGGUCAGCCACCCCCAGCCAUCAGGUGGUUCAAAGAUGGGAAGGCCCUGCCUUACAACGACCCCCACUACAUGUUCUUGCCCUCUGGGACCUUACAGAUCUCUGAUCUUAAGCUGGCUGAUUCUGGAGUCUACAUGUGUAAGGCUAUUAGUGAGACUGGUGAGACAGGCUGGGCUGCUUCACUUACAGUUGCUAAGCAAGGCACCUACAUCAUCAAAGAACAGUACCAGAGUGCGCUGCCUGCUGCACCAUCAAAGCUGCGGGUCUCGGAUGUGGCCGACACGUCAGUCCACCUGACCUGGAUAAGCCAGGAAUUGGGACAAUCACCUAUUACUGGAUACGUUGUGGAAUACUUUAGCCCACAGACGCCGCAGGGGUGGCAGUUAGCCUCUGACACUGUCUCCAGGGAAGGCUACACAGUGAAAGAUUUGCUACCGGCUACCAGCUAUGUCUUCCUGGUCCGAGCCAAAAAUUCCGCCGGACUCAGCCCACCUAGUCCAGUGUCUGAUUUUAUAACCACAAGAGAAAAACGCCGGACAUUUGCGGUCAACAUGCCCAGGGAGGAGAUUGUGAAGGAGCUGGGAGCUCUAAAUAUAGACAUGAUCUCAGCAGAGCCUAUCAAUGCCAGCGCCAUCAGGAUCAAGUGGGAGGUUGGUACAAGCUUAGCCGCCAUCGAGGGUUACAUCAUCAAUUAUACGCUAGUCCUUGAACUUGACCCAGUGAAGUACGGCCAGAGCAGCAUCAUAAAGAUAACUGACCCGUACCAGUUCAGGUCUUUCAUCACUGACCUGAGCCCGUACUCCAUGUACCAGGUGUGUGUGAGGGCGUAUGCCAGGGAUGUGACUAGCAGGUGUUCUAAGUCUAUGAAGGUGGCAACCAAGGAGUCAAUCCCUACAGCGCCACCUGAGAACAUUGUGAUCCACAAAGAGGGUGACUCCAUCCACGUCAGAUGGUCACCUCCACCCAGACAACACCAGAAUGGUGACAUCAAGGGCUAUGAUAUCUACUGCAUGUCUGAGGAACACAACAACAACUGCAGCACAGUGGCGUCUGGCAGUGACAGCAGUGUGGUCAUCAAGAAAGUGGACAUGGACGGCUCCUUCAGGAUCAAGUUGGCUGCUAGAACAAACAAGGGCCGGGGCACAUGGAGCAAAGAUUUCGUCUUGGGCCCAGAGCAGACGACGAUAAUCGGCGAGCCGUGGUUCGUGUGGAUGUUGGUGGGGACCAUAGGCGGGACCCUGUGGUUGGCCCUGUGUGUCUUCAGCAUCUGGUUGUGUCGGAGGAGGAAGAGAAACAAGAAGAAGAAGAUGGCACAGAACGGGAUGUACAGUGCUGUGCCAGUCCACAAGUCAGACGAGUCGGCCAGGUCAGGGGCAGUAGUGACCAGGGAGGAUGUCAUGUACUCACACAAAGACGGCAACAUACAUGCUGCAUAUGGUGGCCUGCAGUCUGACUUGGCCAGUCUGUUGGAGUGUGGCCACAAGGAUGGCCUGGAUGGCAGCCAGGUUUACAGUUCGGCCACCUCUAUGCCACAGCUUAAAACCUUCUACCAACGGCCUGGGGCACCAUCCUCUGUUGCCCCUUAUGCUACCACCACCUUGAUUAACAAGGGAGGCAACUCGGCCUCAAGACCUAGCCAGACUAGUGCCGCAGAUUCAGGGUUUAGGCCUAUCAAUCACGCCUAUGUCCACUCUAGCGCCAGUGGGUCAGGGGACAGUUGUCAGAAACCUGACAUGCGCUCUAGCGACUCCAACACGGACAACUCUCGGCCCAACACAGGUCACUAUUCCUAUGCUGCUGGCUGUCCCCAUGAGCACUGUGAGGGUUUGGUCAGUCCAGGUAGUGACAGUGGUAGCUUGACCACAGAUGAGAAUGGAAUGCCAGUCAAGCGGAACAAGUACACAAAAAUCGGAGCAGGAAGCUGCGCCAGCUGUGGCCAAGGGAAGCAACCCAUGGUCAACUGGGCAGAGCUGCUCCCCCCACCACCUGAGCACCCUCCUCCCAGUGAGCUCGGCUCCCCGGCUGACCACUCUGGUGAAUGCACGCUCCACCGUCACAACAGCAACAUCGCUGAGACCAGGUUCAUGGACAACAGAAGCCCGAUAUCUCCAGUCUCCAAGAUAUCGUCCUGUUCCUGUCCUGUUCCGCAUGACCGAAUGGUCCCCCUACUGCGCCCCAAUAUACCAUACUCUGAGUUAGAUUACCCCACCCACCCAGGCUCCGCCCAUGCUCGUUACCACAGCGACAUGGCAGGGUACCAAGACGGCAGCGGGGGCAGUGCAGGAGGGGGGAGCGGGGGUAGCAACUACAACUCGGACAGGCCCUACUCACCCAAGCAGUUGAACACCAUGCGCACUCAAACGGACAUGCACAGGUGCCAGUCACCUCGCUCCUGCCACAACUGCGGCAGCAGCCUGCCUCAGUCUACAGGGCCGGCGCCAUCUUCAUCCUCCUCAUCCUCAUCGUACAACCCCCACAUCCACCACCACCACCCGCACCACCCCGACGCUUUUGUGACUAUAAACCAGCGUCCUCCGUGCAUGGGUGACCUCGCUGACCAGAGGGGCGGUGUCUAUCCGCAAGUAGCAGGGUACCCCCAGGGGCAGGUCUCAGCACCAUUCUCACAGACGGGUGCCGGACAGUGUCCAUACAACCCCAACUACCCGUACCCUCCCGCGGCGCUGCACGGGUACCGGAUCCCACCCAUUGAGUCCAAUGACCAGCGGAAUUCAAGUGACCUUGAGCAAGUUCAAGGUCGAAUGUACCCACCUGGGCAUGACGGCCCUCACAUGGACAGGGCUUGUCAGUCCUCACUGCCCAGUCUGGGCGCUGGCUAUGGCAGAAGGCCGGAGUCACCGACAUCUGAAGGAGUCCCUGACUACGCAGGAGAGUCAGACAUGGAUGUCCACCGGGCAACUGACUGCCACACACCUGACUCCAGCGUCAACGGGGACGGCAGUCUCUCAGGCUCCAUGUUAACAGGGUGGCCAAGUCAGACAGACUCUGACGAGGUCAGUCACGACGAGGUCAGUCACGACGAGGUUGACUUUCAUGAACAAAUUGAUGACAUCAGUAGCUCAUCUGACUCCUCCUUUCUGGCAGAUACUGAUUUUGCCUCGGCCGUGGCCAGGGCAGCUGAGUUGUCCGGCAUGACCGUGGUGGGGACGACAGUCUCUGACCCUAAAAAUAGCAAUAACAAGAAGUACAGAAAACAUCGAGCCCCUCCCCGGGCACAAAGCCCCUACAGUACAGACAGCAACAUGAGUGCUGUCGUCCACAAACCCUACCCCAAGUCAGAGAGGAAAAAACAGCUGAUGGAGCAGGGUGAGUCAAGAAAAUAUGGACAACGAAAAGAUGGAGGCAUGCAAGAUUUAGAGAUAGAGGAAGGCGAGCUUGACCUGCCUGCCUACCACAGACCCUUCUACCCCACCCUCCCUCUUUACCACAAUAACGGUAUGAUCCGGUCAGGGCACGCAGGUGACCACAGAGCACCUAUGCUACAUUUUGAGAUAGGGAAAGAGGUGUAUGCUAGCCCCACUUUCUCCACCCCCCAACCUUCCACCCCUACUAGAUCAGUGGCCUCGGCCGCUACCCUAAGCUCAACAGAUAUCCCAAUAAUAUGAACACAUAGGAAAAUCAACACAAAACAAUGAGACAAAGCAACUCAGGGCCAGCUACUCUGAUCUCAUGCUAUCCAAGGGAAAAAAAAACUCAGCAAUUUCAACGGGUUUUUAAAAAAAAGGGCUCUUAAGAAAACUGGAUUUGUAGUUUCCUAAACUCAAAUACUUCUGUUUCAAAUUUGUCAGUAGAGAUUCAGAGAUGGAAUAUCACUAAUCGGCUUUCAGUUGACAUAAUCACAGAAUAAAACUGGGAAAUUCAAUAAUUCAGUCAAAUUCAACCACAGAAUGAGGCAGGGUGAGUGAAUUGUGAAUUCUGAUAUGGAUGUGAAUUCCUCAUAAGAAAUGAAUGGAUUGUUUUUAAGAGAACAUUAUGCAUAAGUAUGUGUGUGUGUAGACAAUGAACUAGUGAACUUUCUGGCCAAAUUUCUGCAGCCAAAAUUUAAAAACAAACUAAACAGGAUUUGGCCAUGCAAGGGAAGUCACUGGGUGUUUAAUCUGAAAGAUCAGUCAGCUGGGUUCUAUACACAAGAGAGACAACUCUAAUUAUCAACACUUGCAAUAUUUUUAUGUGAUAUAAACAAAUUAAUUAUUCACUAUUGAAUUUAUAUGAUGUAAAAUGAUAUUUUUAAAAAUUGAAUUUAUAUGCUGUAAAUUGCGUUGGUUUCUUUUAAUGAAUACAUUGUGUUAGUUUACAUAUAAACUGGAGCUUGUGAGUCAAUGAGUGUAUGUGCGAGAGGUAACUCACAAAAAAAAAUGUUUCUUCUUCGUGUAUUAUCAUUAAAAAACUGGAAUACAUAUAUAUAACCACCCUUGUUAAGUUUUGUUAACAUGUUGGAAGAAAGAGGACAUUUUUGUUAACUUCCAUUUUUAUUUUCAUUUCAUUCCUCCAUGAAAUAUGAAUAUGUCAUUGUCAUGCAAAAACAACCUCCACUAUACUAUGCCACUUGUAUAAUCAUGGUAAAUAUAUAAGUUUUGUUUUUGGUAGUUCUAGUUCCAUGUUUUUAUACAACCCUUUCAAUCAAUGAUGUCUUUAACUCCAGUUUUUAUUUUAUUUUUUUUUAUUUUUAAAAGCAAAGCUGGUGGUGAAAGACUUAGAACAUGUUACAUGAAGUUUCGAACCAACAAACUACUUCACUUGUGUGUUUUUAUUGUUUUGUUGUUUCCCAUAGCAACCUACAUAAUAUGCAUGGAACUGUCAGAACACACGGGCAGUGAUAUUAUUUUUCAUGGAUAAUUCAGAGGUGUUAAUUAAAUAUGUUUCUGAUAUUUUAAUAAAGUCCUCUAUUACCGUAGAUGUGGCUGAGUUUGAAUAUAGUUUUUAUUAUGCAGUUUAUGAAAUUUCAGCUAAUAAUAGAUAUUUUCUCUCCUAGAAAAGUUGUAAAUAUCUUAAAAUAAAGAGAACUGGUAAAAAGGGACAUAACUGUGUUUGUACUUACUUGAGUAUUUUUAAUACUUAAGUCCCUUGGCUUGUAAGUGCUGAGAAAAAUUUCAAAUGGGUAAACAAAAGAUAUCUCUUUCCCUCCUGCAUUUUUUUUUUUUACUUUUCACAUAGUUAUGUAUAAUGUCAAACUACUGUUGUGUACAUUGAUGUCAGAUGAUGUGUACUACGAUGACAUGUGCACACUGGUACAUGUGUUGCGUACACUAAGCAGAAUGUGAUGUAGGUGUGUAGCUUGCUUGUGUCAGUAGAUAAAAAGGUCUAAAUCAACUCUUGCCACUUUUCACAUUUAACAUUUCAAACUUAUGACAUCAGCGUGACACUCACAUAUAAAUAUGACACUGACGUCACUAGGCCAGUGUUUUAAACAAGUGACUGUCACAUGCCAAAUAGGCCAAUACUCGAUACCUCUAAAAUAAUGUCACAAGAGCCAACCAUUUCCUCCAUAUAUAAUAUAAAGAAUUGUUUUUAUUAUUUCUAAAAAUCUAAAAUAAAAUUUAGAAAAUAAAAUGUUUUUAUAUUAUUCAAAACAACUUGUAGAUGUAUAAUUCACUAUUAUUUAUUUGAAAAAGAUUUUGCUUGAAUGAAAUCCAUUUUUACAAAAAUUCCAUAUUGAACAAAAACAAUAUCCCAUGAUGCAACUGUAACAUUUGUAUUUUAAAGUUUCCUGUCCUGUUUUUGAAGCUCAAAAACUUGUUUGUCCAGAUCUUUUUUCUACUGGUUGCCAUUUUAAAAAUGUAACAGUCAACAAUUUCAGUUGUGUAAAUAGCGUCAAUUGUGUACAUAGCUAAUGGCUUGCUUUUAUGUAACUAUUGUAUAAUAAAUAAUUUAUUCAACAUAGUCUUACUGUGACUUAAAUCUUUAAAAAAAAGUCAUAAUUCAAAUACAUUUAUAAUUUUGGUACAUUUAUAAUUAAUUUUGGUAUGGUUAAAGUUUUUAGUGAAUUCAUUAUUUAGGUCAGUUCAUUAGCCUAUAGAAAAAUGCACUGUUUUUAUUUUGGUUUAGUUAGAUAAAAUGUUUUGUUGUCUCAUUAUCUUAAAUGUGAGGUCAUAUAACAGUUUAGGUAUAGAGAGUAUCAUUCAUCUAUAGAAUACAUUUUACCAUAGUUAUGCUAGCAUUUCACUUCAUUGAAAUUCUUCUUGCUCCCAUAAUGAAGCAGGCAUUCUUAAACUGCAGACAUUUUAUUAUUGCAUUGCAGCAGACAUUAAUGUUCUGAAGACAAAUUUGAUCUGCACCAUCAUACCAAGAAGACGUCAAGAAAAUCAGACAUGAUGUAGUUUAGCUAGGGUCAAAGUUUGACCAACUGGCCAGUCAUAACAUCUUGCCAUUGGUGUUAAGCUGUGGGGGGCUUCACCUCAUGAUCUUGUUCAAUUUUCCUACUUUUGGUUUCACAAUGUGCAACGUUAGAGAGCUUACCUUAGGCUGUAGAAGACAGGUGCAUCUAAUGCUAGUAUAAACAGGUGUGUCUAAGGUUCUUAGACAGGUGUGUCUAAUGCAUAGGGGUGGUGUGUCUCAGACUAGCAUAGCCAGUUUAUUGCCAGUUAAGAAGGUGUGUCUAAGACUACUAUAGACAAAUGUGUCUAUUGCUAGAAUAGGCAGGUUUGUCUAAGGGUAGCCUAGACAGAUGUGUCUAAGGCUAACAUAGAGAGAUAUGUCUAACUCAAUCUAAGACUACCAUAGACAAAUGUGUCUAUUGCUAGAAUAGGCAGGUUUGUCUAAGGGUAGCCUAGACAGAUGUGUCUAAGGCUAACAUAGACAAAUGUGUCUAUUGCUAGAAUAGGCAGGUUUGUCUAAGGGUAGCCUAGACAGAUGUGUCUAAGGCUAACAUAGAGAGAUAUGUCUAACUAAGGCUAGCAUAGACAAAGGUGUGUCUUGUUUGGUUCAACCUUGUACAGUCUCCAUCUGUUGAUUCAUGUCAUGUGCGUUUAUCAAUGUAUUGAUUCAAUAAAUAAAGCCAUUGUUACAUUU